AUGACAAAAGACGACAAAGUCAACAAUGACAAAAUCCGUAACCCUGACACUAAUGCGAAAUCUUUCGCCAUGAUUUCCCACGUCUCGUCUCUCACCUUCAUUUCCCGCGCCCACAGCCAUUCAUCGCAACCAAACACCAUGAUCAGAGAGAGAAGCACAAUGGAGGGUCAAGAAAGAGACCAAGACAAAGAAGCAUCAGUUUCCUUUCGAUCAGUACUUCCUCAUGAGCCUCUUCCCGCCGAUUCCUCGGGGUAUAUUCAUGUCCAAGGAGCGCUGGAACCCAAACUGAAAAAGGAUAAAGGAGAUGAGGGAAAACCAAGUGCCAAUCAAGACCAAGCAGACUAUUAUUGGACCAAGCAAGGACUGGAAGAAGCGCUGCAUGAGGCAUUGACCAAGAUCUGUCAAGGAUCCGCUCUCCAGAGCGUCUCUGUAUUGGAAGAUAAUUCCUCCCCGCCCUACACCAAAGUGCGCCUUUCUUAUUCCUCUCCCCUGGCGGCCCUAAAAGUCGUCCAAUACUUUCGAGCCGAAAAGGUAUCUGCUCACGAUUUAUUAUUGGUGUCUCCAAAUAAUGAUAAUGAGGAGGCCACGAUGACAAGUCACUGGCAAUUUGCCGCUCGGCCCCUGCAGGCCACCUUAUUGACCACCCAACCCUUCUUGUCGACGCAAAUGGCAUGGAAUCGAUCCAAUCCGCCCAAAUUUCGGAGACUCAUUGCAAGACCAGGAGAACCCGUCGAACUUUUGCAGCAAGAACGACAAAUCACCCGCUACGUCUUCCUGUCGGGGUUGGUAGAUACUACCAACAAAAAUAAUAACAAUCCACCAUGGUGGGACAAUUCAAGACAAGUCUGUGAGGCCAUUCGAUCGCAGCUCCAUGUCUACGAUACUUCGGGAAAGGGGAUUGAACUCUACAUUUCCAACAAAAAGAAAACUAGCAAUCGAACAACUCAUUUCUGUCAUGUGGGAAUGAGAUCACCGGAGGAUGCCAGAGCUCUCAUGGCAGGUCUGCAGGGAAAAAUACUGACAUGGAAACAACCGUGCGACUGGAAUGAUACUUCUACAUGUACUACAGAACAACAGCAACAACAACAGCAACAACAACCAACCAUUCAAAGUGACAAACUAUUCUUGGACUAUGCUGCCGUCACAAAACGAUCCGAAGCCAAGGCCACUGCAAAGGCCACGGGGGAAGAUCUCGUCAAGGGAGAAAAAUCGCGGAGCGAAUGCACAUCCGUCACAAAGCAUGUCGUAGUACCCGGGUUGGUAUUGAUCACAGACUUUAUCACGCCACAAGAGGAACAAGUCUUGCUCGCUGCAUUGACAGGACCCACGGCUCCGUGGGCACCGUCGCAAACAAACUUUAGCAAUAGUGGAGCCGUCAAGCGGCGUGUGCAACAUUACGGGUACGUCUUUGACUACGAGACGGCAAAUGUCAACCGGGAUCGAUCUCAGCCAGGAUCCGAUUGUCCGCCCAUGCCGGGGAUGCCCCCCAGUGAUAUGUCGUCGCUGGAAGCUUACACUGAAACGUGCACGGCCGAAGGUCGGGGGUGGGAACUCAUGGCGGGUAUUGCCGAGAGAACACGACGAACGACGUUUGAAAUCCAAGCCAAGGAUGACGACGAGGAGGAACAGCAAGGACAAUCCACCAUCACGAAACAAUUCCCAAAACUGAACCAAAUCACAGUCAACGUCUACGAACCAGGAGAGGGCAUUGGAUCACACGUCGACACGCCAUCGGCCUUUGAUGAUGGGUUGAUUAGUGUUUCCCUCAAUGGUGGAGUGGUCAUGGAGUUUCGUCGCCAACAGCAGCAGCAAGAUGACGAAAAGAUUAAAAAGCUGGUCUACCUGCCACCGCGAUCACUUCUUCUCAUGUCGGGCCCAGCACGAUUUGAGUGGGAGCACAUGAUUGUCACGCGCAUGACUGAUACGCACGAGGGAGUUGUGUUGCACAGAAGCCGACGAGUCAGUAUGACUCUUAGAACAGCCAUAGAUCUUUCGGGAGAACCCAUGCCAUGUGUCUCCUCUACACGAUUUCCGCCAGUGUGGGGAACAGUUGGUCAAUCCGCCACAGAUGCCCUGGUAACGCCGUCCAUGGAACGGGAACAUGUCCACGCCGUCUACGAUGCAAUCGCUACUCAGUGGCAUCACACCCGAGGAAAACGGGGAGUCCUGUGGCCGGGAGCUACUCAGUUCUUGAAAGAACUACCGGAAGGAUCGAUCGUCGCUGAUGUGGGUUGCGGCGAUGGCAAAUACUUCCCUGCCAUUUGGGAGGCAGGAUCCUAUGUGAUUGGUUCCGACAUUAGUUUGCCACUUUUGCAACAGGCUACUCAUGCACACCAGCAGGACGCUGCAUCGCAACCGGACAGCCGACGAGUCAGCGAGCAUCGGCAGCAUCUUCAAAAGAAGCCGGCAGUUUUAGUUGCUGACUGCAUGAAUGUUCCGCUUCGAUCCAAAUCUUGCGACGCAGCCAUAUGCAUUGCCGUCAUGCAUCAUUUGAGUACACGAGACCGAAGAAUACGAUGCAUUUCGGAGCUCGGCAGGAUUGUUAAAGUGGGCGGUCUGAUCAACAUCCAGGCUUGGGCAAUGGAGCAGCAGGAGAAGAGUAAACGCAAAUUUGCUGGCACUGACGUCUUCGUUCCCUUCAAUGCCCAGCCAAAAUAUCUGGAGGCAGCCAAGAACACCGCCAUUGCCACCGGCAUGCACCCAGACCCUGGCAAAAGCACUGCACAACUCUACUCAGAAGAGUACAACGCUGAUUAUGACGAACAGAAAGGCUUGGUUGUUUUCAAAAGGUAUUGUCACAUGUAUCGAACAGGGGAACUCGAAGAACUUGUACAGGAGGUGGACACGGUUGAGCUUUACGAGAGUGGCUAUGAAAGUGGCAACCACUUUGUGAUUCUUCGUGUUGUCACAUGA